CUGAGGAGUUGCAGGAGCAAACCGGAGCACAAACAUGAGGAGCUUCUUGUGGAAUAUUCUGAUUUUAUCGUUUGCUUUACUCGCUGCAGCUCGGGCACCAAAGAAAUGCUCGGCACCUCCCAGAUACGCGCACACCAGGCUGGUGAAGAAAUUCAGCACCAUGCGGAGGUUCAUCAGCAGGGACAAAGUUUAUUAUGACUGCGCCAAAGACUUCAGUCCGUCCAGAGGGAGCAGAGCUGUGCAGUGUGUGGCUGGAAAAUGGACCAAACUGACUCUGAAGUGCGAAAAGAAAACGUGUGGCAAUGCUGGCGAUCUCCUACAUGGGGAGUUCCACUAUGAAGGAAAUACAUUCCUCGGGGAGAAAGUUUAUGCUGUAUGCAAUGAGGGAUACACUCUGAAAGGACUCAACUACAAUAUCUGUAAAAGCUCUGGCUGGACUGGUGAAUUCCCGUCUUGUGUAGAGGGAGAGGCCACCUGCUCCACCCCUGCAGUGGCCAGCUCUGUGAGCAGUGCUGGGGAUGUCUCUGUGCACCAGGUGGGGGACAACGUGACCUUCACCUGCAGGCAGGGCUUCCAGCUGGACGGGGCUCCGCAGAUCACCUGUGGUCCGGGUGGCCAGUGGCACCCUCGACCCCCUCGGUGCCUGGCGUCACCUGUUACGACUCAGUCACCUGCUACAAGUCAGGCACCUGAUAAAGCAACAGGUGGAUGCGGCGUGCCGGUAACCCUCCUCAACUCCAACGCCAACCUCGCCAACAAGUACAUCACAAAGACAUCGUUUGCCUCUGGUGACAGAGUUCAUUAUGUGUGUGAUGUCGGAUACAUUCAGGCAGGUGGCAGCAGGUACCGCAGCUGCAUCAACGGGGAGUGGUCACCACUGCGGCUGAAAUGUGAACGAAAGCUAUGUGGCUCUGCAGGAGAAAUUAUCAAUGGACAGUUUACAUACACUGGUGUGGAAUUUGGAGAUACUGCUAGAGCCAUCUGUGAUGAUGGACACCGUCUUGUGGGACGGGCAACCAGGACCUGCAUGAGUCAAGGUUGGAAUGGACAUGUUCCUACCUGUGAAGCUGUGGUGUGUGAGGAGCCUUCAAAAGCAACAAAUGCAGUGAUGAAAGGCCCACAGGAGCCACCAUACACAUACAGGACUGUGAUUCGCUACCAUUGUCAUGUGGGAACCCUUACUGGUCAAAGCCAGAUUUGGUGUACCGAGGAUGGGACAUGGAGUGAUUCUCCUCCUACAUGCAAAGAAAUAACAUGUCCAUUUCCAAAUGUCUCCAACGCCUACUGGAUGGGAGCUCAGACCAAGAUGUAUCGAGAAAGGGACACUAUAUAUAUCGAGUGUACCCCUGGCUACACAAGGACUGGCCCAAGCAUUGCUACCUGUGGUCCUGAUGGCCAGUGGUUCCCUGGCCUGCCCAAAUGUACAUAUCAGUAAUAAAUUCUUUGUUGUAUAUGCAUUACUUGACAUUAUUAGAGCCUGAGCACCAAAAGUGGUGAGAAGACCCUCUUGGAAUGCAACGAAUUAUUAUUUUUUUCUCCCCAAUGAAUCUAAUUUUUGGAGGUCAAAAAAUGCUCAAAAACUCAUUCAAGGUGGUGCAUUCGUCCAGUCUUGGAAAAGAUUCUGUAUUUUGGUGGUUUCAGAAACGGGUGUGGCAAAAUGGCUCCACAGCUCCCCCCAACAUGUAGCACCACUUACUGGUUUCUACUACAAUUAUGAAAUUUUGUUACACCUAUGUAUCAUGCCCAGAUGCAAUUUUUGGCGAUUUUGGGCCUUGUACUUUUGUGAACCUGUCCUACAGGAUUAAUCUGAUUGACGUCAAAUUUGGUGUGUCCAAUCUUAAUCCCUUGAUGAUGGACAGUUAUCAAAGGUCAGCGCAAAACUUUUAUGGUUUUCCCAUGGCGCUGCGUAUAAUUUAUGUUUUGCCAUGAAACAGGAAAUUGUUGUUACUUUGGUGUACAUUGUACAUUGCUGUCCCAAGCAAAGAGCUAUAGGGAACAUCGAAAAUGCACAGGGUCUCUGGAGAUUUGGCUUAGUGGGUAAUUCAGGUGGUUAGUAUGCCUGAGGGUGCUGGUUCAAGUCUUGUCUGGGACAGGGGACAUUUGACUUUUAUGGCAUAAAUCAAAUAUAUCAGCUGAUAUAUCUGUUUGCUCUGCUGAUAUAAGUCAUCAAAGACAUACCUUGCCAUGAACACUUAAAACAGUUAAAACACACACAACUGUCUCCUUGUUUCCUGAAUUUUCUUAUACUGAAUACUGAAUUUUCCCUGCCAAGAACUUCAUUGAAAAGUCAUCAAUGUCCAAAGCACAGGGCUAAAGGGAAUGUCAUAUAUAUAGGAGAUGGCAGGUAGUUUAGCUCAGUAGGUAAAUCAGAUGGUCAGGCUACCUGAGGUUGCCAGUUCAAGUCUUGUAUGGGACAGGUGACAUUUGACUUUUAUGGCGUAAAUAAAAUAAAAUAUCAGUUGAUAUAUCUGUUUGUUCUGCUGAUUUAAGUCAUCGAAGACAUACCUUGCCAUGAACACUUAAAACAUUUACAAAACACACAAUUGUCUCUUUGUCUGCUGAAUUUUUUUGACAGAUGUCACUACCAAUACUGAAUUUUGCAUUUCAACACCGUUUGACCCUUAUAUCAGCAGAACAGAUGGAUAUAUCAGCUGAUAUUUUAUUUUAUUCAUGCCAUAAAAUAUCAUUUGGAUGUAGAUGCAUACAGUUUAGACACUGACUGAGAUAUUGCAGAGCAAAUUAAGGUAUAUAAAGUUGAAUGAUAUGUCGUUUUGGCCGAUAAAUCAGGUGAAGUUUUCCAGAAACAGGUAAAACUAGUAUUGGCAGAUGCGUCUGUCAGAAUAAAGGAAUAUCGGCCGGACUCAUAUAUCAGUCGAGUUUCGACAGAUGUCACUCACUGCUGAUGCUGAAUUUUGCGCUUCAGCGCCAUAUGACCCUUAUAUCAGCAGAGCAGGCAGAUACCUCAGCUAAUAUUUUAUUUUAUUUAU